AUGGCUGAUGCAGAUCAUUCCUCAGAUGGUGGCGAAAAUACAUUUAUGAGUUUUUUUACUUCAUUUGGUAUUCAUAUUUUAAUGGUUAUUAUUGUUAUUAUUCUUAAAUGGCAAUAUGAUCGCAAUCGAUAUCGUUAUCCGAAAGGACCACGUGAUUGGCGAAACCUAAAAGAUGCUAUAUCAUUUCAAAGAAAAAAACGCGAUAAUUUACUUAAUUUAGUAAAUGAUUAUCCAGAUUCAUGUACAGUUAUGACUCAUACUGGUCGUUUAAUUUUAUUGAAUAAUUCUGGAUUUAUUAAUGAAAUAUUUCUUGGACGUGCUGAUUUAGUUAGUAAUAAAGUUGAUAAUUAUUUAGAAAAUCAAUUACGAUACAAAGAAGGAAAACAUAUUCGUACAGGUAUUGUAUUUCGUCAUCAAGAUCAUAACGCACGAAUAAUUCAUAAAGCACUUGUAAAUUAUAUUGAUAAUAAUCUUGUUAAUAAACAUCUUGAUGUAAUGGUACAAGAACAAUUACAAAAUUUACAUCUUUCAAAACAGUUUGAUGUUCGUCGUACAACAUUUUAUUUUGCUGUUCGCCUUCUUACAUCACUUUCAUGUUCAUCAGUUUCAAUAUCAAAGAAUGACAAAGUCUUUGAAUUAUUUGAACAAAAUUUAUAUAAAAUUUCCAAAGCUAUUCAUGAAGAUACAUUUCAAAAAUCUGCUAAAACUGUUCUUUCAAAAUUAACUGGCUUAUCUGAAACAUUAGAUAUUAAUGAAAAUGUUUUAGAUUAUAUAAAAACAUGGAUUAAACGUCGACGUGAAGAAUCAAAUAUUCAUAGUAAUAAUGAACAAAGAGUAACAUCAACAACUGAAACAUCUAAUGAUUUUCUUGAUUCAAUAUUAAAUUGUAUUGAUGAAUCAUCACCACGUUUAGAUGAUGAUGAUAUAUCUGCUUGUAUACUUGAUAUAAUUAUGCAUGGAAGUGAAAUGCUUAAAGGUGCAUUAUCAUGGUUUUUACUUUAUGUUGUUCAAUAUCCUGAAGAAGCUGAUUUAUGUCGACGAGAAGUUCGAGAAAAAAAUUAUUCAAAAUUUGAAUUAUCAUCAACUGAAUCUCUUAUUUAUACACAAGCAUUUAUUAAAGAAGUUUUACGUUUAUCACCUGUUGUACCUGUUGUUGUUCAUUCAACAUUAGAAGAUUUUAAAUGGCGUACUUAUCAUAUACAAAAACGUACUCAAUUUGGUGCUAAUAUUCUUGCUUUACAUCAUUCAAUUGCAUGGAAACAAGCUACAAAAUUUGAUAUAAAACGAUGGAUUGGAGAUAAUUUAUCAUCAAUACCAACUCAUUCUUACUUACCAUUUGGUUUAGGUCCACGUGCAUGUGUUGCUGAAAAAUAUUUAUUUAAUUUAUUAACAGGUAUUCUUGGUGUACUUUUAUAUCAUAAUGAUUUUGAAAAAAUUGGUCCUAUACCUGAUCCAAUUGGAGGUACAUUUGGCUUAGCUAAUAUCCCACCAAAGUAUUCACUUAAAGCUACAUCUUUUAGUGCAAAUUGA